AGUUCCUGCCUCCUCGGGAACAAAGGGAACUCUGUCUCGGCAUCUGUCACCGCCGCCCACCCAAAACUUUUCGCUGCGCCUCGGCCGCUCGCCCCGCCGCCGCGGGAGGGUCCCGCCGCACCCCCGCCACCGGAGCGGCGACCCCGGCGCGGCCCAUGCAAGGGCCGAGGCGGCGGCGGCGGCGGCCCGGGGGCUUUAACCAGGAGAGAUCUGCGGGCAGUUCCACCAUGUCGGAUAGCGACCUCGGGGAGGACGACAGCGCCACAUCCCCGGACCCCUCACAGUCCAACAAGAGGAAGAGAAGGGGCAAUCUCCCCAAGGAGUCCGUGAAGAUCCUCCGGGACUGGCUGUAUGAGCACCGCUUCAAUGCCUACCCUUCCGAGCAGGAGAAGCUCAGCCUCUCGGGGCAGACCAGCCUCUCUGUGCUGCAGAUCUGCAACUGGUUCAUCAAUGCCAGGAGGCGGCUGCUCCCCGACAUGCUGCGCAAGGAUGGGAAGGACCCCAACCAGUUCACCAUCUCCCGCCGAGGGGGCAAAGCUGGUGACAUGGCCCUGCCGCGGGGGGCUGCUGCUGGCUCUGGGGUGCUGGUGGUCCCUCCCGUGACGGCCGCAGGGGCCUCCAAGGUGCUGUCGAUGUCUGUGUGCCCGCAGGUACUGUGCCACCCUGCCCAGGCGCUGGGCAGCAACCUGACGGUGGUGAGCGCCCACAGCCCCGACUGGGAGAAGCCCCCCGGCCCACAGCGAGUGGAGCCGGACCCCAAAGCACCGCUGGGUGCCACUGGCAGCACCAUGACCUUACUGGCCCGGGCUGAGGCAGCCAGCCCCACCAGUGGACUCUUCAACACGCCACCCCCCACGCCCCCAGAGCUCUUUGGUGACGACUUCAGCAGCUUCCAGCUGCUGGUGGAGGUGGCACUGCAGAAGGCGGCUGAGCUGGAGUCGCAGCGGCAGGGUGGGCAGCUGCCCCUCUCGCCCCAGACUGAGCCCCCAGGAGCCUCCAUCUCCAAAUAGCCCUCUGGGCCAGGUCCCGCAGGGUGCCCUUCCUCGGGGGGUGCCUGACCCUCCCAGCCUCCUACCACCCAUCUGCUCGCACCCCCGGACCAGCUCAUCUCAGAAGCGGACUCCCGCCUUCCGGGCGCACUCCGGUCUCUCUGUCAGCAAAGCGGGGAGAGGAAGGACUGUCCCAUCCUGCCGUCUUCUCGCUGGGGAGGUGCCCCCACCUGCCGCCCUCGUCACGGAGGACAGUGCCCUGGGCGCACGGGAGGACGCGGCCGCUGCGGUCUGGCCAUCGCGGAAAGACCUCUGCCGCGUUUCUGACCUCUCCCUGCCGUGACUGACGGUUACUGCGGAGCCCCCUUGGAAAACCUGCUGACUUCUUUUUCUCUCUCCUGUAAACAAGGGUCCAGCCAACACCAUUUCUUCAGGGAGAGAAAGAGAGAAUUUAUUUUUUUGAAAGUUGGUGUCUGUUUUAAGGACUAUGGAUGAAAAGAUUUUUUUUUUUAACCCAAAUCUCCGAUCUCUUACCCCCCCUCCCUUUUUUUUUUUAUUUUUCCUUUUGUUUGUGGAGGGCCUUUCUGGUACCUUGUGCUGACUAGGAGCUUUGCCCAGGGAAGGGCAAAGGACAGAUGAACUGGAAACCUGAAGUCUGUGGCAUUUUUUUGGAUGGAAAACCUGGGGCAGUCCUCUUCUGCUUUAGGGUGUUAUGGAUGCUGCCAGCAGAAAUCUCUAUGGUGCUGUUUAGCAAUUUUUUGUUGAACCAUUUUUCCCUUUAAUUGUGAUUUAUUAUAUGAUUUUUUUUUUUUCUUUUAUGAGCAUUUCCACAACUUUCCCGUGUUUCUCUUGAGUUCCUGCUGAAUAUGUGCACAUUGUGUCCCAGAACAGAGAGCGUGUUGCAGAGGCUGGGAGAUGCUCACAGCAGGCUGCUGCUGGGGGUGGAUGCAAAGCUGAGACUGUGAAAUUCUGUAUCCAAUUUAUGUUUUUUUUUUUGUUUGUUUGUUUUUUUUUUUUGUUUUGUUUUGUUUUGUUUUUUUGUUUUGUUUUUUUAAAAAAAAACAUUUGGAAAGAGGUGUGUUUUGGGCAUGGGCAUGUGUGCUCUUCUGCAAGUGCAGCGCUCACAGCCUGCAGACCACGGUUCCUGGAAAGCAGAGUUGUCUCAUCAGCCAAGUGCUGAUGAACUGCCCUGGGAACGCGGAGGGAUCAGUCCCGUUGCUCCCUUGUCCCCUCCCUCCUGCUCUUGCUCUGCAGGGCUGAGCGCGGCCGUGCCUGGCUGUGCGGUGCUGGUGACCUCUAGUGACAAGCUUGUGUCUGCUGGGAGCUGGCUGGGCCCCCCCCAGCCUGGUCUGGUGGGGGUCUGGGGGCUCCAGGGCAGUUCCUGGCUGGGCAUCGCUUGCUGUCACUGAGCGGGAGCCUGGGUGCUGGGACUGAGAUACUGCUGUUUCACUGUAAAAUGUAAGUUAAAUAGCGAUACGUACGCACCUAUGUUAUCUAUCCUGAGAAACACUAAUCCUAGGUAAUUAGCCUGUUUAUUAAGUUGCAUGACUAGAGAUAAUAAUGUCCACGGGAUCUGGUGCUCUGCAGAGGUUGGAGCCAGCAGCGCUGGGGGAGCAGCACGCUGCGGGAUGAUGGGGCAGGGAAGGGAGAAGCACUGAUUUUGGGGACUGGUGUUCCCCCUGCCCCACCUCACCCUUCGGAGAGAAGGUGGCAGGGGAGUUGGGGUGCUGGCAGGGGCUGCAGGGGGGCUCGCCAGUUGGGGGUUGUGUUGGCCCCAGCUCUGGCACCACCCGGCUGGGCAGACUGCACGACUUUGCGUGGAUGCUCAUCAUGUGGCUGGGAACAUCCCCCUCCUCAUCACCCCCAGCUCCAUUUCAUGUCCAGCCUUUGCCCUCUGCCUCCUUUCUGGGGGAAACCCUGAAUUUUAGGACUCCCUCCCUUAUUUCUAGGUAGCCCUUUGCCCUGUCACCACCUGCAGUUCUGUUUCCUCCCCCAGGGGAUGGAGAGGCUUUUUGAUCUCCUCCCUUUAUUUUGCCCCAGUGAAACCAAAGUGGUUUCCUCCCGCAGGGCAGGAGUGCCACAGCUGUGCCUGCGCCAUGGACUGGUGUUGCUGCCCUAGGGAUGGACCAGAAAGAGUGGGGAGAGCAGGGAUUAUUGGAAUGAAAUUUAUGGAGCAAAAGAACUACUGUAAAUAUAUUUCUGUUUGUUCUUCUAUUGUCAAAUAAAAGUUUUUUAGUUGUU